CAGUUCUGACUUCCCCUUCUUUUAUGUUCAAAACCAGCCAUGGGCACAGCUGCGGGCACCUGUCACUGCGGCCGUGAGGUUGAGACAACAUGCUCUGAACGUAUUGAUGCGCAAACGUUGUAUAUUGAUCAUCAGAUCAGAUCCACCUACACGGAAUGCGCCUGUUUUGACGUCGAACGUGGCGCCUAUAUCGACGGAACCUUCGAAAUACCUACCAUUCCAGUAGUAUCCCUCUUACACCAGGACAGUGCACCUUUGAUUUGUGGUCUACAGGGGCGUUGGUUUCUGAAAGAUGGAACUGCUGUGGCCGACAUUUUGGAUUCCGUGGUCUUGUGGGAUGGUGGUGGUGCAACACUCCUGCAGCAGACAGGGCCAAGCACCAUCUGUAUCCAGGUGGAGAAGCGUUUAUACUUCGGGGAGGUGGACUCUAUGGCGCAGGCGAGUAUCUCCUGGACGGAUGGGGAGAAAUGGCUCAAGAAGUGAUGGCACGAGAUGGGAGGUUUCCAUGGUGGGGGACUCCCCAAAAUGGAUCAACAUGGAUCAAAAUGGAUGGUUGGUGGAUUUAUUUCAUAUGAACAUCCUAUGUGGAUGAUAACUGG